AUGAUUUUUCCCAAGCUCUUCGGGACCAGAACCCAGGGCCGCUCUUGGUGGCCCAACUGUCGCGCGGGUCAAUUCUUCCUCUUCCCAGCAGUCAUCUUUUCGGUUCUAUUGUGGAUUUUCGUUAUCGCUUCUGCUAUAUACAGCGUGGUGCUAGACAACAAAAGCGCCCGUGCUUUGAACGCUCCCAUCUGGUGGCACAGAGUCUCUGAUGACUGCACUAUUGCUCAGGGACAAAUCGUUGCGUUAUUAUUUGGCAUCUGCUUUGAAACCGUCCAACUCUCAAUCCACAUUUUCCUUUUCUCAACAGGCAGACUCCACCCGAUCACGGCGCUCGUGCUCUCCAUCCUCUCCUUCGGCAACUGGUUUGGCUCCUCCUUUUAUAGUCCGCUGGCUAAUCUCGCAGCCGAAAGACAAUUCCCAGCUACCUGGGAGACGCUGUUCUGGAUACGUCAGGCUCUCGGAUAUUGCCUUCUCCUCCUGUAUUUGGCGUAUAUUGUACACGCAUCCAUUGCUACACACAGGUGGCGGAUUGCCAAGAAGAAGCGAAGAACAGAGGAGCAAGAGACAAACAUAAAGUUGGAAGAUAUCGAAUAA